AUGAGUGCUUUACAUAAUUUAUCAAGGGAAAAUAAUUAUACAUUGUUAGAAAAAAUACUAAGUACCAAUUAUAAACAAAAUUUAAAGCUAAAGAGCAAAUCUGAUGAUGAUAAUAAGGAAAAGGAUGAAAAUGUGUUAUCAAAAGAUGAAGGGUUAAUAGAAGGCCAAAAAUCAGAUGAAAAUAAUAAAGAACUGACUAAACCAGUUGAUGAAGGUGAUUCCAAAAAAGAAAGUUUCAAAUUAGAUCCCGGUUUUAUAGAUAAAAGAGACUCAUUUAAUAGGACUCCACUCCACUUGGCAUGUUACGAAGGACAUUUGGAAAUUGUUAAACUCUUGGUGAAGUACGGAGCGAAUGUGCACAGCCCUGCGAAAAAUGGAAUGACAUGCUUACACUUCGCAGCUCAGAAGGGCCAUUUGGAAGUUCUCAAAUUCUUGAAAAAACAUGGAGCUAAAAUUAACAGUAAAACAAACAGUUGUAUGACACCACUACACCUGGCGGCCAUGAAUGAAAAUGUCGAUUGUGCUCUAUAUCUAAUAACCAAAGGAGCUAAACAAUGUUAUAACAAAAAAGGGGAUCUUCCACUUCAAUUAGCGUCAGAAAAGGUUUUAGAGAAGCUAAAAGAAGCUAUGGGAGAUAAAUUUGAAAAGUUUAAGGAAGAUGUUAGUGAAAAAAGGGUGAUCCACAAAGAAACGGUCAAAUUUUACAAAAAAAGGAAGUAAGAAUAGAAUUAACCUAACAAAUAAUAUUUUAUGAUAGU